CUUACCGCACCAAACCAUGAGGAUCGUCUCGGUGUUGUUAGUGGCGUUUGGGCUCGUGAGCUGUGGCUACGGUGCUACACUACGUGGUUCCUCAGACGACGAGCAAGAAGCUUUGCACUACGUGGAACAGUUGGAGUUGGAAAUUCUGAGUCGCCGCAAUGUUGGCACUGAAGCGGAGUGGGCUUACGAGUCGGACAUCAACGAUGCUAACUUGCUGGUGAAAAACGAGGUGGCGGCCACUAAUGCUGCGUUCUUUAAAGAUGUGGCUGAAACGUUGGCCAAAUACGAUUAUGAGAGCUUUCAGGAUGAGGAUCUGAAGCGACGCGUGAAAAAGCUAACCAGCUUAGGAUAUGCCGCACUACCAGAGGAUAAGUUCAGCCGUAUGCUCGAUGCUAUUAACGCGAUGCAAGAUAACUAUGCCAAGGUGAAGGUGUGCGACUACCACGAUCCCACCAAGUGCGAUUUGGCACUGGAACCGGAGCUGACGGAGAUACUGGCCAACAGCCGUGACCCUGAGGAGCUGAAAUACUAUUGGCAGCAGUGGUACGAUGCGGCCGGUGCCCCGACGAGAGACGAUUUCCAAACCUAUGUCGAUCUGAAUGGUGAAGCGGCAAGGUUGAACAAUUACCCGACGGGCGCCGAGUACUGGCUGAAGGCAUACGAAGAUGAAACCUUCGAGGAGCAGGUGAAUGCGGUGAUCGAAGAGCUGCGUCCACUGUACGAGCAGAUUCAUGCCAACGUGCGUUAUCAGCUGCGAAAGUAUUACGGCGAUGAGAUUGUCUCGGAGAAGGGACCCAUUCCGAUGCAUCUGCUAGGUAAUAUGUGGGCCCAGGAUUGGGCGGGGGUGGCUGCCAUCACCAGCCCCUAUCCCGAUCGCCAACAGUUGGAUGUGACGGACGAAAUGGUAAGACAAGGCUACACACCGAUUCAGAUGUUCGAGAUGGGUGAUGAGUUCUUCCAGUCACUCAACAUGACUAAGCUGCCACAGUCAUUCUGGGAGAAGAGCAUUCUUGAGAAACCCGAAGACGGACGGGACCUAGUGUGCCAUGCUAGUGCAUGGGAGUUCUCGAAAACCGAUGACGUGCGCAUCAAGCAGUGUACUCGCGUGACGAUGGAUCAGUUCUUCACGGCUCACCAUGAGCUGGGUCACGUGCAGUAUUUCUUGCAAUAUCAGCAUCUACCUAGCGUUUAUAGGGACGGAGCAAAUCCCGGCUUUCAUGAGGCGGUCGGCGAUGUUCUUUCGCUAUCCGUGUCCACACCAAAGCAUUUGGAGAAGAUUGGUCUCCUGAAGGAUUAUGUGCAGGAUGAGGAAUCGAAGCUCAAUCAGUUCUACACUGCUGCAUUGACCAAGUUGGUGUUUCUUCCGUUUGCGUACACGAUCGAUAAGUAUCGUUGGGGUAUCUUCCGUGGCGACAUCAAGCCGGAAGAGUACAAUUGCAAGUUCUGGGAGAUGCGCUCGAAGUACUCUGGUAUUGAGCCACCGGUGGUUCGUUCCGAGGCAGAUCUAGAUGCGCCAGCCAAGUAUCACGUGUCGGCCGAUGUGGAGUAUCUGCGCUACUUCGUAUCGUUCAUCAUUCAAUUCCAGUUCCAUCGAGCAGCUUGUGAGAAGGCAGGAGAAUACGUGAAGGGCGACCCUUUCAAGACACUGAACGAUUGUGACAUCUAUCAGAGUGUGGAGGCUGGUAAUGCCAUUAAAGCGAUGCUGGAGAUGGGAUCAUCGAAGCCGUGGCCCGAUGCGAUGGAAGUCCUGACCGGAGAGCGUCGCAUGAGUGCUGACGCUUUGAUCGAAUACUUCCAACCGCUGUACGAUUGGCUCGUCGUUGAGAACGAACACCUGGGAGCCCAUGUAGGCUGGGAGGAGACCAAAAAGUGUAUCUAGCUCGCAAAGAGCAACAGUUGAAUGAAUAAAAACGAUCACAAUCCGACGGCAAUUUCUUCUGUUGUUAACAAAUACAAGGUCGAUUGAUAAACGUCC